AUGGCCAUGAUCGAAAGCGGAAAAUCCAAGAGAGCAAGAAGAAAGCUACUACAAGACCAGCUAACACCAGCAGAAACAAUCAAAUAUGCCAGAGGCCUCGAAAGCGCGGAUCAACACGCCACAAAAGUGGAGAACCAAACCCCAACGGACGUCACCGUCAAACAAGAAGUGGACAGAAUCAUAGUGGACGAAACAGGAAAAAAGUCGUGUUUUAACUGCGGGAAACAGUGGCCGCACCAAGGAGGACAAAGAAAAUGUCCGGCCUUUGACAAGCAGUGUAUGCGAUGCGGAAAAAGGAAUCACUUCGCGAAGUAUUGUAUAAGCAAACAAGAAAUUAAAGCCACGAAAGAAUUAGCAUGCGGAGGCGAACAAAAAUCUGACACCUCAUCCGAGAGCAGCGAAGAGUCCACGCUUACAUUGGAAAUGGUAGUAGAUCUUCAAUACAGUAACGUAAAAGAGAAGGCGGUACAGGAUCAAGAGAACACGAUUUGGCAGCAAAGACCAGAAAGUCCAUCCUCUGUGGUGCGAGAAAAUUCGCUUAGUUCACAUGCAAUUAUGGCGUUGUCAAACAAUGGAGAAGCAGGAGCAUCAGUAAUAGAUAGCGUAUCCAGUUGA